CUUCCAUAGAAAUGGGCAGGAAGUAACAAGUCUCCUCCCUUCUCUGUCAUGUCAAGCCUGGCCUUAGCCUCCUUUCUGUCUCUCCUAUUGGUGACUGUGAAUGGAUCAGCCCAGUUUUCCUGGAAAGUUCUUGGAAUUGUAUCAGUUCAGCUCUGCUCUCACACAGAAGACUCAGACACACACCCAACACAGCUAUAUAUAGCCAAAGCAGAGCAUAGCCCAUUACAUAUACCAUCAGAAUGCUGAGAGAACACAGUGGAUUGGACUGAUUGUCACAGUGAGGGACAUAGCCUAAAGAGUGGAAUACAACAACAUUCUAGUAGACUUCUGGGGGGCUGGCUGCCUCUGGAGUCAAUACGUUUUGGAAGCUGAGAUACAAAGACAAUUUAGGAACAGCCCAUUGAAAGAGAAAGAAAGAAAACAAAGGGGAAAAAUACAAACAUAACAGAAGAAAAUAUACCCAUCUGGAGAGAUUUAUGUCUUUUCGCCACUCUUGGACGGAUAUGAUUCUUUGUGUGCAAAGGUAAGAGUCGUGUUUGUGACAUCUAUGAUUAAUCAGUUCUGAGUCUCUCUAUUAUUGUUAUCAUUAUUACUGGCAUUUAUAAAGCACCAACAUAUUCUGCAGCGCUGUACAAUCGUAGGAAAAGAGACCGUACAGUAUAGGCAAACCUAUACCAUAGGAAUAGAGGUGCCUGCUCUGUGCGUUUGACUGUUUUUAGAUACACGUUUUCGGAAUGUAUAUAAAUCGUUGGUUUCUGAGUUUGGCAGGUGUCUGUGUGUUUGUUCGUCGUAAUAUAUCAAGGUAUUUAGGAACCGUGGUGUUUUUAUGGGGAUUUUUUUAAAUCAGCGCAAUAGACAAAGUAGGUUACAAAAAUCAAUUCUGAAGAACUGGAUACAUUAUACGACCAGAUAAAGUACUCGUUAGGUACAUGGUUUCAAGUCUCGUCUCACCCCACUUCCCUCCCCUCUCCCCCCCUUCCCUUCCUAUUAAACUCUCACAGAUAAUCCCAUUUCCCAUGAAUUAGUGUUGUGUAAUCUGCCUUGGAGCAGUUGUCCUGCAAUGACUGCCAACAUUUUUAACAGGUUUUUGGGUUAUGCAGAUCUGAGCAGCAAAAACAACAAUAUCUGUAAAUUGGGGUAGUGGGAAAAUACAAUUUGAAUUAACCCCAGACACCAAGCAAUGUGUAUUAAAUAUACAAGAUGACUGACUACGCAAGGGUUUCAUUACUCCCAAAUUGAUGUCGUUUUGAGAGCUGUUUCAAUCUGGUGUGUGGCAGUGUGUGCUCUGAUGGCAUUUAAAGGAUUAACCAUUUCACUGCUGGAGUGCACAUUUUCAGAUGGUAAACUUGCACAAUGCACAAGCAGAAACUACGUCAGCUAUUUAACCUAAAAUUUACUUUGAAUUCACUUCCAGUUCCAGACAAUUCACAAUUUAACGUAUAACCCUUUUAACUGUUGCAUGUAGAUUUUACUACUGAAUACAGAACUCUGACCUCUCUUUGUCUCUGCAGUCCACAGAGCCUGUUGGCAGAACAGAGGACUUGUAGAUCUUCUUCUUGUGUCGGAGUCCCUGGAUUUUUACCAGGUCAAGUCAUGCAUCCUCCAAAUCCAAACCACCCUCGUUGCCGAGGUCAGCCGCCACACUCCUCAGAGGAACCGACCAGAGCAAUGGACACCCAUGCACCUUCCCAGACACGAACUCGAGAUCCUGAAGAAGAUCUGCUAUGCAUCGCUAAAACUUUUUGCUACUUGCGUGAAUCUGGUGAGUUCCCCAAAUUCACAUAUAUAAACUUUGAAAGACCACAGAUUAAUAGGGUGGAUUGGCUUUGGCAUGAUAAUACUCUAUGUUUUGUCAAAAACAAGAAUUAUUGUCCAACAGCUGUUGGAUACUGACAUCCAUUUGUCUGUGAGGUCAGGGAUUGGAGUAACACUCCAGGGUUCAUUUAAUGAACUGGAAAUUGUCGAUAGUCAACAAAUGUAAGGCUAAAAGACAAAUUGGGGAAAAAAAUGUUUGUCCUGUUCAGCAAUUUUUCUUGUGUGGCAAGUUCAGCUCAACAUUCCAAUAUCAAUUCCCAAAAAUACCUCAAUAACUGCUUUAAUGAUUAAACCCUUGUAGCUGAUGGUUUUGUGGGAGAUAAUUCAAGAUACUAAACACUGAGUUCUUGCUGGUGAUCAGUGCGAAUAGGGGAGAUCACUUCCCUAUCCGCAAAGAAAUAUCCACCACAAAAUGUAUCCUUAUAUUUUCAAAAACUAUUCUCUGCUUUUGUAAAGGUGAGAAGUAGUUGUAUGAGUGUUGAAGGCCUCUAAGAAAGUACAGCUGGACGUCUGUUAAAGCUGUUUAUUGGGCGGACGUGACCAUAUCAUCCAUAAGACCAAAUUAGCUGGUAGACCAUCUUAAUUUAGAACGUCUGUUACUCCUAUGUGCACAUUGUGGGGAUAUGUUACAGUUGUGGAGCAGCAUGAAAGAACCUCAUCGUCUUUAAAAUUAUUCAUGUGAAAUUGAACAGUUUUAAUUUUGAUAUAUAUGUUUUGCACCAUAAACUUAAUAAGAGCCCUUGGAAUAUUCAUAAAACUAAAACUGGGUUGAAUUUAUUUACAGCUGUUGCAUUUGGCUAAAGUAAAGGUAAAUGAUGGUAGGUGUCCAGCAAUAGUUGAAGUGAAGGAGCCACCCUGGUUGCCAGCGGUUCCUCACAUAUAAAUGAACUGUCUUAUAGUUUACAUUAGGAUCAAACAGGUAGUGAUAUCAAGGUUUUUAUGGCAUGUGAGUUUAACAAUAUUGUUUAUUCAGUUUAACUUUCUGUGAAUCUAACAGGUCUUGUUUCUUAUCUAACCAGGUUGGUACUGGGGCUCUAUUAAUGCCACCGACGCCAAGCAGCAGUUACAGAAGAUGCCAGAAGGGUUCUUUCUGGUGAGGGACAGCACUCACCAUAGUUACCUGUUCACGUUGUCCGUCCAGACUAAUCGGGGACCCACAAACAUACGCAUUGAGUAUUCCGACGGCCUUUUCAGACUGGACUCCAACUAUUUAUGCAAGCCGUACAUUAUGUCCUUUCCAGACGUUGUCAGCCUGGUCCAAUACUAUGUUUCUAACUGUAAUUCCGAGAGCAGCAAAGAAACCUCCAGGGAGUCCAGUCCAUCACCACCUGUGCCACCUUCACCUAAAGAGACAAAAGGUGUUCAUUUCAAGCUUCUGCACCCUCUUCCUCAUGGUGGUCAAAGCCCCAGCCUACAACAUCUGUGUCGAUUGCAAAUAAACCAGUGUAUGGCUCCAGCUUCCAACAUGAUGGAUCUCCCACUCCCAAAAAGAAUGGUAGAGUACCUGCAGAGGUACCCAUUCAAACUCUGAGUGACAAUAGGCAAGAGUAGGUCAUGUCUACUCUGCCCAUAUGUGUGGUGCCAUACCAACUCGGAACACAUGGACAUUGAAAUCCCAAGACUGUAUAAACUCUAAAUAUUUAUUUCAAUUAUUGCACCUAAACGUUUUCUAGGAUUUUUGUAUUUUUCUCAGCAGUUGGUACUUGUCCAGACCAUCUUUCCCGUUCACCGCCCUGUGAUUCCACCAAAGAACCAUCAUUACUUUGUAAUUGUGACCAUGUCAACUGCAAAGGCAAUGAUGAGUGUCUGGUGCAGUCCAGAGUGGUCCUCCCUUGCUGUUAUUUGCAACAUGAACUGCACUAAACCACCUAUACAUAUGAGUGUCAUAAGGAAGAAAUGGAAUAUGUUACAUAGUAGAUGGAGAUGAGAGAAUUCAGACUUCUAUGUACUUUAUAAUAUCUGCUGCACUACGGUUCUCCACAUAGACAAUUUGUGCUGAAUUCCAAGUCUUUCUGGAUUUGAAGAUGUAAAAUCUGACAACACUAACUUACUUGACAAGGAUGUUUUUAAAAGUUGCAGCACUUUGGGAGUUAAAAACAAACAAUCGAACAACCAUUUGUUAGGGUUGUGUCUCCAGCUGAUGGAUAUAAAUAAAUAGGAUUUUUUCAUAUAAAUUUGUUAUGUCGUUAUUACUUCAGAAAUCUAAUUUUCAACACUUUCCCAUGCUCUAUUACUGUAUAUUCACUUUAAAAAUCUCACUGCUAUAGCCUUCACCCACAAGGCACUCAUUAGGCAUUAUAUCUUAAAACACACACCAUCUCAACAUGAUCGCUGUUCUUCUAUGUUACCUUAACCCCUUAAGGACCAAACUUCUGGAAUAAAAGGGAAUCAUGACAUGUCACACAUGUCAUGUGUCCUUAAAGGGUUAAAAAAGUGUAAAGGUAGUUACAUUUCAUUCCACAGACUUCUCUUACACCAACUCCCCAAUUCUUUCCAAUGACACUUCCAUAUUACAAAAAUGAAUUUAUUGAAGUUUAUUAUGAAACAGUGAGUGAAUUGCAAAGAAUUUGGUCCUAAAUCAUUAAGAUACGUAUUUCAUCCCAGCUAUAGUUAGAGCUUUCCUAUUUUUCUCUUAAUGUUGAAAUUCAGAUUUAAAUUCACUGUUCAACGAAUAGACCUUCAUAAUUUAUACUACAGAUAGUCUGUGACAAAUGUACUUUUAAAAGUAAUUCUAAAUUGAUUUCAUUUCCAAAACUGGCUUUACAGAAUACAUAAUAGAAAAAUGUUAAUAUUACAUAUAGUUACGUAGGCUGAAAAGAGACAUGCGUCCAUCAAGUUCAGCCUUUUAAAUAUUAUGGGUAAAUAGGGAAUAUUAUGGGUAAUAAUAAUUGGUUGCUAGGGUUACUCUGCUUAAUGUAUUCUUUUUGGAUUCCCAUUUGUUAUGAAAACAAAAAUGUUGAGAGACCUUGGUUUAAACCGUUACUACCCUCUAAAAGUAUUAAGAAUAUUGUCAGUAUAUCUCUCCGCUUCCUUUCUGCUUUUCCAAACUAGUCUGUGUAGCUGCAUUUUGUUGCCACUUGCAGUAUUCUGCCAAGCCCUGUACUCACCCCCCUCCCCAUUCUGUUCUUAGCUUAACACAGAAUUUACCAGGAAAUUCUCCUCUGAGCUUUUCUGAGAAAGUAAGCAAAAGUGGGUGGAAGAGAAAUGUCUGUAGAGGGAGCACUCAUAGUUACGCACUCAUUACAUUACAUAUAUACAUGCAUACGCAGACACUGAUAUCUAUUUACAUCCACUAUUUAGAAUACAUUUUACAUAGCACUGCAUUACUAGAUACUGUAGCUAUAAAUCUAUUACAUAUUUAUAACUUGGCAAAAAAACAUGUUUUUAUACAGAUUUAUAUUUAGAAAGUGUUUUGCUUGGAAGAACAUACUGAGAGAAUAUUCUCCUUUUUUGCAUCUGUCCUGAGAUAAAUGUACAAUGCAAAUAUCUAAUACGUACGUAAUUCAUGAAGUUUUCUUAUUAUCAAAUUAGAAGUAUUUUAAACCUCAUCUUACGUAAAUGCACUGUGGCUAUUUCACCAUAUUAUAGAUUGUAAUGUAUUAUUAUUACAGUGUGUUAUGGUUUUAUUUCAACAAAGCCGCUCAUCUCUUGAAAUAACA